GGCUUCAGACAGGUUUUCUAUUGUACAUCAACCGGACAGUAAACCAUCAGUCUCUGAAGAGGUGAAGUACAAAGAGUGAAAGAUGGGGGAUGCAGCGAUGGCAGAGUUUGGCCCUGCGGCUCCGUACCUCAGGAAGUCGGACAUAGAGCGUCUGGAGGCCCAAACUCGCCCCUUUGACAUGAAGAAAGAAUGUUUUGUUCCCGAUGCCGCAGAGGAGUAUCUUAAAGCAUCUAUUGUCAGUCGAGAUGGUGAUAAAAUCACCUGUGAGACUUCAAAGGGAACGACAGUAACUGUGAAGGAGGCUGAUGUUCAUCCUCAGAACCCGCCAAAGUUUGAUAAAAUUGAGGACAUGGCGAUGUUCACCUUCCUGCACGAGCCAGCCGUGCUGUUUAACCUCAAAGAGCGUUACGCAGCCUGGAUGAUCUACACCUACUCUGGGCUCUUCUGUGUCACUGUGAACCCCUACAAGUGGCUCCCGGUGUACAACCAGGAAGUGGUCCUUGCAUACAGAGGAAAGAAGAGGAGUGAAGCUCCUCCUCACAUCUUCUCCAUCUCUGACAACGCCUACCAAUACAUGCUGUCAGACAGAGAAAACCAGUCCAUUCUUAUCACUGGAGAAUCUGGUGCUGGAAAGACUGUGAACACCAAGAGAGUCAUUCAGUACUUCGCCAGCAUUGCUGCUGGCAGUGGCAAGAAGGAGACGACUGAUAAGAAGGGUACUCUGGAGGAUCAAAUCAUCCAGUGUAAUCCUGCUCUUGAAGCUUUUGGGAAUGCCAAGACCAUCAGAAAUGACAACUCGUCUCGCUUUGGCAAGUUCAUUCGCAUUCACUUUGCUGCCAGUGGAAAGCUUGCUUCUGCUGAUAUUGAGACUUAUCUGUUAGAGAAAUCCCGUGUGACUUUCCAGCUCAAAGCUGAGAGAGACUACCACAUCUUCUACCAGAUCCUGUCUCAGAGAAAACCAGAACUUCUGGAGAUGCUGCUGAUCACAGCGAACCCAUACGAUUACGCCUUCAUUUCUCAAGGAGAGACGCAAGUGGCCUCUAUUGAUGAUGCUGACGAGUUGAUGGCUACAGAUGAAGCGUUUGAUGUGUUGGGCUUCACCCAAGAGGAGAAGAACAGCAUCUACAAGCUGAUUGGUGCCAUCAUGCACUACGGCAACAUGAAGUUCAAGCAGAAGCAGCGAGAGGAACAGGCAGAGGCUGAUGGGACUGAGGAUGCUGAUAAGUCAGCUUAUCUGAUGGGCCUGAACUCUGCUGAUCUCAUCAAGGCUCUGUGCCACCCAAGAGUCAAAGUAGGGAAUGAGUGGGUCACCAAGGGACAGAAUGUCCAGCAGGUGUACUAUGCUAUUGGAGCUCUUUCCAAAUCUGUGUACGAGAAGAUGUUCCUCUGGAUGGUUGUGAGAAUCAACCAAUCCCUGGACACCAAACAGCCUCGUCAGUACUUCAUUGGUGUGCUGGACAUUGCUGGAUUUGAGAUCUUUGAUUUCAACACCUUUGAGCAGCUGUGCAUCAACUUCACUAAUGAGAAGCUGCAGCAGUUCUUCAACCACCACAUGUUUGUGCUGGAGCAAGAGGAAUACAAGAAGGAGGGCAUUGAGUGGGAGUUCAUUGACUUUGGCAUGGACUUACAGGCUUGUAUUGAUCUCAUUGAAAAGCCCAUGGGUAUCAUGUCCAUCCUUGAAGAGGAGUGCAUGUUCCCUAAAGCCAGUGAUGCAACAUUCAAAGCUAAGCUUUAUGACAACCAUUUGGGGAAAUCCAACAACUUCCAGAAGCCCAGGAUUGUCAAGGGUAAACCAGAGGCGCAUUUCUCCCUGGUUCACUACGCUGGCACUGUGGACUACAACAUCAAUAACUGGCUGGUGAAGAACAAGGACCCUCUCAAUGAGACGGUUGUUGGCCUCUAUCAGAAAUCCACCAUGAAACUGCUGUCGAACCUGUUUGCUGGAUAUGCUGGUGCUGACUCAGCGGAGGGCGGCGGAGGAGGUGGCAAAGGAAAGGAGAAGAAGAAAAAGGGCUCUUCUUUCCAGACAGUAUCUGCCCUUCACAGGGAGAACCUGAACAAGCUGAUGACCAACUUGAGGUCAACUCACCCUCACUUUGUGCGCUGCAUCAUCCCCAAUGAGACUAAGACUCCUGGGGCGAUGGAGAAUCCUCUGGUCAUGCACCAGCUGCGCUGUAACGGUGUGCUGGAGGGCAUCAGAAUCUGCAGAAAGGGAUUCCCCAACAGGAUCCUGUAUGGAGAUUUCAAACAACGAUACCGCAUCCUAAACCCUGCUGCUAUCCCUGAGGGACAGUUUAUUGACAGCAGGAAAGGAGCAGAAAAACUACUGGGAUCUCUGGACAUUGAUCACAACCAGUACAAGUUUGGCCAUACUAAGGUGUUCUUCAAAGCUGGUCUGCUGGGUACUCUUGAAGAGAUGAGAGAUGACCGUCUUGCUCUCAUCAUUACUGGGAUUCAAGCAAGAGCUCGCGGUAUUCUCUCAAGAAUUGAGUUCCAGAAGAUUGUUGAGCGCAGAGAUUCUUUGUUGGUGAUCCAGUGGAAUGUACGUGCCUUCAUGGGUGUCAAGAAUUGGCCCUGGAUGAAGCUGUAUUUCAAGAUCAAGCCUCUUCUGAGAUCUGCUGAAGCGGAGAAAGAAAUGGCCAACAUGAAGGAAGAAUUCCUGAAGUUGAAGGAGGCUUACGCCAAAUCCGAAGCCCGCAGAAAGGAGCUUGAAGAAAAGAUGGUUUCUCUUCUCCAAGAGAAGAACGACCUACAACUUCAAGUCCAAGCUGAGCAAGACAAUCUUUGCGAUGCUGAGGAGAGAUGUGAGGGCCUGAUCAAGAACAAGAUCCAGCUUGAGGCUAAAGUCAAAGAAAUGACGGAGAGACUGGAAGAUGAAGAAGAAAUGAAUGCUGAGUUGACUGCCAAGAAACGAAAGCUGGAGGAUGAAUGUUCUGAGCUCAAGAAGGACAUUGAUGAUCUUGAGCUCACUCUGGCCAAAGUGGAGAAAGAGAAACAUGCAACUGAGAACAAGGUUAAAAACCUGACAGAAGAGAUGGCAGCUUUGGAUGAGAUCAUUGCUAAGCUGACCAAGGAGAAGAAAGCUCUGCAGGAGGCCCAUCAGCAAACGCUGGAUGAUCUCCAGAGUGAGGAAGACAAAGUCAACACACUCACCAAAGCCAAAGCCAAGCUGGAGCAACAAGUGGAUGAUCUUGAAGGUUCCCUGGAACAGGAAAAGAAACUUCGUAUGGAUCUGGAGAGAGCUAAGAGGAAGCUUGAGGGAGACUUAAAGUUGACCCAAGAGAGUUUGAUGGACCUGGAAAAUGACAAACAGCAACUGGAAGAAAGGAUUAAAAAGAAAGAUUUUGAGAUCAGCCAACUCAGUAGCAAGAUUGAAGAUGAGCAGGCAAUGGCAGCCCAACUUCAGAAGAAACUGAAGGAGUUGCAGGCUCGCAUUGAAGAGCUUGAGGAGGAGCUGGAGGCUGAGAGAGCUGCUCGAGCCAAAGUUGAGAAACAGAGAGCUGAUCUGUCCAGAGAACUGGAGGAGAUCAGUGAGAGGCUGGAGGAGGCUGGUGGAGCCACUGCUGCCCAGAUUGAGAUGAACAAGAAACGUGAAGCUGAGUUCCAGAAGCUGCGUAGAGAUCUUGAAGAGUCCACUCUACAACAUGAAGCCACCGCUGCUACACUGAGGAAGAAACAUGCCGACAGUGUGGCUGAUCUGGGAGAACAGAUUGACAACCUUCAGAGAGUGAAGCAGAAGCUGGAGAAAGAGAAGAGUGAACUCCGACUGGAACUGGACGAUGUGGUCUCCAACAUGGAGCAGCUUGCUAAGGCCAAGGCAAACCUGGAGAAAAUGUGCAGGACCCUUGAAGACCAGAUGUCAGAAUACAGAACAAAAUAUGAAGAAGGACAACGCAGCAUCAAUGACUUUACCAUGCAAAAAGCUAAGCUACAAACUGAGAAUGGGGAGCUUUCUAGACAGCUGGAAGAAAAGGAUUCCUUGGUCUCACAGCUAACAAGAGGCAAGCAGUCCUACACCCAGCAGAUUGAAGACCUUAAGAGACAACUAGAGGAGGAAGUCAAGGCUAAGAAUGCCCUGGCCCAUGCAGUUCAAUCUGCUCGUCAUGACUCUGAUCUGCUGAGGGAGCAGUUUGAGGAGGAGCAGGAAGCUAAAGCUGAGCUGCAGCGGAGUCUGUCCAAGGCAAACUCUGAGGUGGCUCAGUGGAGAACCAAGUAUGAAACUGAUGCCAUCCAGAGGACUGAGGAGCUGGAGGAUGCCAAGAAGAAGCUGGCUCAGCGUCUGCAAGAUGCAGAAGAAGCUGUGGAAGCUGUUAAUGCCAAAUGCUCCUCACUGGAGAAGACCAAACACAGGCUGCAGAAUGAGAUUGAAGAUCUCAUGGUGGAUGUGGAGAGAUCCAAUGCUGCUGCCGCUGCUCUGGACAAGAAGCAAAGAAACUUUGACAAGGUCCUGGCUGAGUGGAAGCAAAAGUACGAGGAGUCUCAGAGUGAGCUGGAAAGCUCCCAGAAGGAGGCCAGAUCUCUGAGCACUGAACUCUUCAAACUGAAGAACUCUUACGAGGAGUCGCUGGAUCAUCUGGAGACCAUAAAGAGAGAAAACAAGAACCUCCAAGAGGAGAUCGCUGAUCUCACUGAACAAAUUGGUGAAAGUGGAAAGAACAUUCAUGAACUAGAGAAAGUUCGUAAGCAGCUGGAGCAGGAGAAAGCUGAAAUUCAAGCAGCUUUGGAAGAGGCUGAGGGUUCUCUUGAACAUGAGGAAGGUAAGAUCCUGAGGGCCCAACUAGAGUUUAAUCAGAUCAAAGCUGAUAUUGAACGUAAGCUGACUGAGAAAGAUGAAGAGAUGGAGCAAGCCAAGAGGAACCAGCAGAGAAUGGUUGAUACUCUGCAGAGCUCACUGGAAUCAGAGACUCGCAGCAGGAAUGAAGCUCUCAGACUGAAGAAGAAGAUGGAGGGAGACCUCAAUGAGAUGGAGAUUCAGCUCAGCCAGGCUAACAGACAGGCAUCAGAAGCCCAGAAGCAACUCAAGGGUCUUCAUGGACAUCUCAAGGAUGCCCAAAUGCAGCUGGAUGACGCUCUGCGUGGUAAUGAUGAUCUCAAAGAGAACAUCGCCAUCGUGGAGAGACGCAACAAUCUGCUGCAGGCUGAACUGGAUGAGCUGAGAUCUCUGGUGGAACAGACUGAGAGAGGAAGGAAACUGGCUGAGCAGGAACUGCUGGACGUCAGUGAGAGAGUCCAGCUCCUGCAUUCUCAGAACACCAGCCUGCUGAAUCAGAAGAAGAAGCUGGAGGGAGAUAAUACUCAGCUUCAGACUGAGGUUGAGGAGGCAGUGCAGGAGUGCAGGAACGCUGAGGAAAAAGCCAAGAAGGCCAUCACUGAUGCUGCCAUGAUGGCAGAAGAGCUGAAGAAGGAGCAGGACACCAGCGCUCAUCUGGAGCGCAUGAAGAAGAACAUGGAGCAGACCAUCAAGGACCUGCAGCACCGUCUGGAUGAAGCUGAGCAGAUCGCCAUGAAGGGAGGCAAGAAGCAGGUCCAGAAACUGGAAGCCAGGGUGAGAGAGCUGGAAAAUGAGGUGGAGCUGGAACAGAGAAAGGCGAGCGAGUCUGUGAAAGGAGUCCGUAAAUAUGAGAGACGCAUCAAGGAGCUCACCUACCAGACUGAGGAAGACCGUAAGAAUCUGGCACGUCUUCAGGAUCUGGUGGACAAACUCCAGCUGAAGGUCAAGUCCUACAAGAGAGCUGCUGAGGAAGCGGAGGAGCAGGCCAAUUCUAACCUGGGCAAGUUCCGUAAGCUUCAGCAUGAGCUGGACGAAGCAGAGGAGAGGGCAGAUAUUGCCGAAUCUCAGGUCAACAAGCUGAGAGCCAAGAGCCGUGACACUGGAUCUAAGAAAGGGCACGAUGAAGAGAAGUCGGACAUAGAGCGUCUGGAGGCCCAAACUCGCCCCUUUGACAUGAAGAAAGAAUGUUUUGUUCCUGAUGCUGUAGAGGAGUAUCUUAAAGCAUCUAUUGUCAGUCGAGAUGGUGAUAAAGUCACCUGUGAGACUUCAAAGGGAACGACAGUAACUGUGAAGGAGGCUGAUGUUCAUCCUCAGAACCCGCCAAAGUUUGAUAAAAUUGAGGACAUGGCGAUGUUCACCUUCCUGCACGAGCCCGCUGUGCUGUUUAACCUCAAAGAGCGUUACGCAGCCUGGAUGAUCUACACCUACUCUGGGCUCUUCUGUGUCACUGUGAACCCCUACAAGUGGCUCCCGGUGUAUAACCAGGAAGUUGUCCUUGCCUACAGAGGAAAGAAGAGGAGUGAAGCUCCUCCUCACAUCUUCUCCAUCUCUGACAACGCCUACCAAUACAUGCUUGGAGAAUCUGGUGCUGGAAAGACUGUGAACACCAAGAGAGUCAUUCAGUACUUCGCCAGCAUUGCUGCCAGUCCUUCAAAGAAGGAGACCACCGAAAAGAAGGGUACUCUGGAGGAUCAAAUCAUCCAGUGUAAUCCUGCUCUUGAGGCCUUUGGGAAUGCCAAGACCAUCAGAAAUGACAACUCGUCUCGCUUUGGCAAGUUUAUCAGGAUCCACUUUGCUGCCAGUGGCAAGCUAGCAUCUGCUGAUAUUGAGACUUAUCUUCUGGAGAAGUCUCGUGUGACUUUCCAGCUCAAGGCUGAGAGAGACUACCACAUCUUCUACCAGAUCCUGUCUCAGAAGAAACCAGAACUAUUAGAGAUGCUGCUGAUCACAGCAAACCCUUAUGAUUAUGCUUUCAUUUCUCAAGGAGAGACACAAGUGGCCUCUAUUAAUGAUGCUGAUGAGCUGAUGGCAACAGAUGAAGCGUUUGAUGUGUUGGGCUUCACCCAAGAGGAGAAGAACAGCAUCUACAAGCUGACUGGUGCCAUCAUGCACUACGGCAACAUGAAGUUCAAGCAGAAGCAGCGAGAGGAACAGGCAGAGGCUGAUGGGACUGAGGAUGCUGAUAAGUCAGCUUAUCUGAUGGGCCUGAACUCUGCUGAUCUCAUCAAGGCUCUGUGCCACCCGAGAGUCAAAGUAGGGAAUGAGUGGGUCACCAAGGGACAGAAUGUCCAGCAGGUGUACUAUGCCAUUGGUGCUCUGUCAAAGUCAGUGUACGAGAAGAUGUUCCUCUGGAUGGUUGUGAGAAUCAACCAAUCCCUGGACACCAAACAGCCUCGUCAGUACUUCAUUGGUGUGCUGGACAUUGCUGGAUUUGAGAUCUUUGAUUUCAACACCUUUGAGCAGCUGUGCAUCAACUUCACUAAUGAGAAGCUGCAGCAGUUCUUCAACCACCACAUGUUUGUGCUGGAGCAAGAGGAAUACAAGAAGGAGGGCAUUGAGUGGGAGUUCAUUGACUUUGGCAUGGACUUACAGGCUUGUAUUGAUCUCAUUGAAAAGCCCAUGGGUAUCAUGUCCAUCCUUGAAGAGGAGUGCAUGUUCCCUAAAGCCAGUGAUGCAACAUUCAAAGCUAAGCUUUAUGACAACCAUUUGGGGAAAUCAAACAACUUCCAGAAGCCCAGGAUUGUCAAGGGUAAACCAGAGGCGCAUUUCUCCCUGGUUCACUACGCUGGCACUGUGGACUACAACAUCAAUAACUGGCUGGUGAAGAACAAGGACCCUCUCAAUGAGACAGUUGUUGGCCUCUAUCAGAAAUCCACCAUGAAACUGCUGUCGAACCUGUUUGCUAAUUAUGCUGGUGCUGACUCAGUCGCGGAGGGCGGCGGAGGAGGUGGCAAAGGAAAGGAGAAGAAGAAAAAGGGCUCUUCUUUCCAGACAGUAUCUGCCCUUCACAGGGAGAACCUGAACAAGCUGAUGACCAACUUGAGGUCAACUCACCCUCACUUUGUGCGCUGCAUCAUCCCCAAUGAGACUAAGACUCCUGGGGCGAUGGAGAAUCCUCUGGUCAUGCACCAGCUGCGCUGUAACGGUGUGCUGGAGGGCAUCAGAAUCUGCAGAAAGGGAUUCCCCAACAGGAUCCUGUAUGGAGAUUUCAAACAGAGAUAUCGUAUACUGAACCCUGCUGCCAUCCCAGAGGGUCAGUUCAUAGACAGCAGGAAAGGAGCUGAGAAGUUAUUGGGAUCUUUGGAUAUUGACCAUAACCAGUACAAGUUUGGACACACAAAGGUGUUCUUCAAGGCUGGUCUUCUGGGUGCUCUUGAAGAGAUGCGAGAUGACCGUCUUGCUCUCAUCAUCACAAAUAUUCAGGCUAGAGCUCGUGGUCUUCUCUCAAGAAUUGAGUUCCAGAAGAUUGUUGAGCGCAGAGACGCCUUGCUUGUUAUCCAGUGGAAUGUACGUGCCUUCAUGGGUGUCAAGAACUGGCCCUGGAUGAAGCUCUACUUCAAGAUCAAGCCUCUUCUGAGAUCUGCUGAAGCGGAGAAAGAAAUGGCCAACAUGAAGGAAGAAUUCCUGAAGUUGAAGGAGGCUUACGCCAAAUCCGAAGCCCGCAGAAAGGAGCUUGAAGAAAAGAUGGUUACUCUUCUCCAAGAGAAGAACGACCUUCAACUUCAAGUUCAAGCUGAGCAAGAUAAUCUUUGCGAUGCUGAGGAGAGAUGCGAGGGUCUGAUCAAAAACAAGAUCCAGCUUGAAGCUAAAGUCAAAGAGCUGACCGAGAGGGUGGAAGAUGAAGAAGAAAUGAAUGCUGAGUUGACUGCCAAGAAACGAAAGCUGGAGGAUGAAUGUUCUGAGCUCAAGAAGGACAUUGAUGACCUUGAGCUCACUCUGGCCAAAGUGGAGAAAGAGAAACAUGCAACUGAGAACAAGGUUAAAAACCUGACAGAAGAGAUGGCAGCUUUGGAUGAGAUCAUUGCUAAGCUGACCAAGGAGAAGAAAGCUCUGCAGGAGGCCCAUCAGCAAACGCUGGAUGAUCUCCAGAGUGAGGAAGACAAAGUCAACACACUCACCAAAGCCAAAGCCAAGCUGGAGCAACAAGUGGAUGAUCUUGAAGGUUCCCUGGAACAGGAAAAGAAACUUCGUAUGGAUCUGGAGAGAGCUAAGAGGAAGCUUGAGGGAGACUUAAAGUUGACCCAAGAGAGUUUAAUGGACCUGGAAAAUGACAAACAGCAACUGGAAGAAAGGAUUAAAAAGAAGGAUUUUGAGAUCAGCCAACUUAAUAGCAAGAUUGAAGAUGAGCAGGCAAUGGCAGCCCAACUUCAGAAGAAACUGAAGGAGUUGCAGGCUCGCAUUGAAGAGCUUGAGGAGGAACUGGAGGCUGAGAGAGCUGCUCGAGCCAAAGUUGAGAAACAGAGAGCUGAUCUGUCCAGAGAACUGGAGGAGAUCAGUGAGAGGCUGGAGGAGGCUGGUGGAGCCACUGCUGCCCAGAUUGAGAUGAACAAGAAACGUGAAGCUGAGUUCCAGAAGCUGCGUAGAGAUCUUGAAGAGUCCACUCUACAACAUGAAGCCACCGCUGCUACACUGAGGAAGAAACAUGCCGACAGUGUGGCUGAUCUGGGAGAACAGAUUGACAACCUUCAGAGAGUGAAGCAGAAGCUGGAGAAAGAGAAGAGUGAACUCCGACUGGAACUGGACGAUGUGGUCUCCAACAUGGAGCAGCUUGCUAAGGCCAAGGCAAACCUGGAGAAAAUGUGCAGGACCCUUGAAGACCAGAUGUCAGAAUACAGAACAAAAUAUGAAGAAGGACAACGCAGCUUCAAUGACUUUACCAUGCAAAAAGCUAAGCUACAAACUGAGAAUGGGGAGCUUUCUAGACAGCUGGAAGAAAAGGAUUCCUUGGUCUCACAGCUAACAAGAGGCAAGCAGUCCUACACCCAGCAGAUUGAGGACCUUAAGAGACAACUAGAGGAGGAAGUCAAGGCUAAGAAUGCCCUGGCCCAUGCAGUUCAAUCUGCUCGUCAUGACUCUGAUCUGCUGAGGGAGCAGUUUGAGGAGGAGCAGGAAGCUAAAGCCGAGCUGCAGCGGAGUCUGUCCAAGGCAAACUCUGAGGUGGCUCAGUGGAGAACCAAGUAUGAAACUGAUGCCAUCCAGAGGACUGAGGAGCUGGAGGAUGCCAAGAAGAAGCUGGCCCAGCGUCUGCAAGAUGCAGAAGAAGCUGUGGAAGCCGUCAAUGCCAAAUGCUCCUCACUGGAGAAGACCAAACACAGGCUGCAGAAUGAGAUUGAAGAUCUCAUGGUGGAUGUGGAGAGAUCCAAUGCUGCCGCCGCUGCUCUGGACAAGAAGCAAAGAAACUUUGACAAGGUCCUGGCUGAAUGGAAGCAGAAAUAUGAGGAGUCUCAGAGUGAGCUGGAAAGCUCCCAGAAGGAGGCCAGAUCUCUGAGCACUGAACUCUUCAAACUGAAGAACUCUUACGAGGAGUCGCUGGAUCAUCUGGAGACCAUGAAGAGAGAAAACAAGAACCUCCAAGAGGAGAUCGCUGAUCUCACUGAACAAAUUGGUGAGAGUGGAAAGAACAUUCAUGAACUAGAGAAAGUUCGCAAACAACUGGAGCAGGAGAAAGCUGAAAUUCAAGCUGCUUUGGAGGAGGCUGAAGGCUCACUUGAACAUGAAGAAGGCAAGAUACUUAGAGCUCAACUGGAGUUCAAUCAAGUAAAGGCUGAUAUUGAACGUAAGCUGGCUGAGAAAGAUGAAGAGAUGGAGCAGUCCAAGAGGAACCAGCAGAGAAUGGUUGAUACUCUGCAGAGCUCACUGGAAUCAGAGACUCGCAGCAGGAAUGAAGCUCUCAGACUGAAGAAGAAGAUGGAGGGAGACCUCAAUGAGAUGGAGAUUCAGCUCAGCCAGGCUAACAGACAGGCAUCAGAAGCCCAGAAGCAACUCAAGGGUCUUCAUGGACAUCUCAAGGAUGCCCAACUGCAGCUGGAUGACGCUCUGCGAGGUAAUGAUGAUCUCAAAGAGAACAUCGCCAUCGUGGAGAGACGCAACAAUCUGCUGCAGGCUGAACUGGAUGAGCUGAGAUCUCUGGUGGAACAGACUGAGAGAGGAAGGAAACUGGCUGAGCAGGAACUGCUGGACGUCAGUGAGAGAGUCCAGCUCCUGCAUUCUCAGAACACCAGCCUGCUGAAUCAGAAGAAGAAGCUGGAGGGAGAUAAUACUCAGCUUCAGACUGAGGUUGAGGAGGCAGUGCAGGAGUGCAGGAACGCUGAGGAAAAAGCCAAGAAGGCCAUCACUGAUGCUGCCAUGAUGGCAGAAGAGCUGAAGAAGGAGCAGGACACCAGCGCUCAUCUGGAGCGCAUGAAGAAGAACAUGGAGCAGACCAUCAAGGACCUGCAGCACCGUCUGGAUGAAGCUGAGCAGAUCGCCAUGAAGGGAGGCAAGAAGCAGGUCCAGAAACUGGAAGCCAGGGUGAGAGAGCUGGAAAAUGAGGUGGAGCUGGAACAGAGAAAGGCGAGCGAGUCUGUGAAAGGAGUCCGUAAAUAUGAGAGACGCAUCAAGGAGCUCACCUACCAGACUGAGGAAGACCGUAAGAAUCUGGCACGUCUUCAGGAUCUGGUGGACAAACUCCAGCUGAAGGUCAAGUCCUACAAGAGAGCUGCUGAGGAGGCGGAGGAGCAGGCCAAUUCUAAUCUGACCAAGUUCCGUAAGCUUCAGCAUGAGCUGGAUGAGGCGGAGGAGAGGGCUGAUAUUGCCGAAUCUCAGGUCAACAAGAUGAGAGCCAAGAGCCGUGACACUGGAUCUAAGAUGGGGGAUGCUUUGAUGGAGGAGUUUGGUCCUGCUGCUCCGUUUCUACGGAAGUCAGACAAGGAGCGUCUGGAGGCCCAAACUCGUCCGUUUGACAUGAAGAAGGAAUGCUUUGUUCCUGAUCCUGAGGUUGAGUACGUCAAAGCCUCCGUCACCAGCAGAGACGGUGACAAAGUCACUGUGGAGACUGAAUUUGGGAAGACAGUAACUGUGAAGGAGGCUGAUGUUCACCCUCAGAACCCGCCAAAGUUUGAUAAAAUUGAGGACAUGGCGAUGUUCACCUUCCUGCACGAGCCAGCCGUGCUGUUUAACCUCAAAGAGCGUUACGCAGCCUGGAUGAUCUACACCUACUCUGGGCUCUUCUGUGUCACUGUGAACCCCUACAAGUGGCUCCCGGUGUAUAACCAGGAAGUUGUCAUUGCCUACAGAGGAAAGAAACGAACUGAAGCUCCUCCUCACAUCUUUUCCAUCUCAGACAACGCCUACCAAUACAUGCUGUCAGACAGAGAAAACCAGUCCGUCCUGAUCACUGGAGAAUCCGGUGCUGGAAAGACUGUAAACACUAAAAGAGUCAUCCAGUACUUUGCCAGCAUUGCAGCAGCGACAACCGGCAAGAAGGAUCCAUCAAUGGAGAAAAAGGGUACUCUGGAGGAUCAAAUCAUCCAGUGUAAUCCUGCUCUGGAGGCUUUUGGUAAUGCCAAGACCAUCAGAAAUGACAACUCUUCCAGAUUUGGUAAAUUUAUCCGAAUCCAUUUUGGCGUCAGUGGAAAGUUAGCUUCUGCUGACAUUGAGACAUAUCUGCUGGAGAAGUCUCGUGUCACUUAUCAGCUCAAGGCUGAGAGAGACUACCACAUCUUCUACCAGAUCCUGUCUCAGAAGAAACCAGAACUGCUGGAGAUGUUGCUCAUCACCAACAACCCCUAUGACUACUCCUACAUCUCCCAAGGAGAGACACAAGUGGCUUCUAUUAAUGAUGGUGACGAGCUGAUGGCCACUGAUGAAGCGUUUGAUGUGUUGGGCUUCACCCAAGAGGAGAAGAACAGCAUCUACAAGCUGAUUGGUGCUGUCAUGCACUACGGGAACAUGAGGUUCAAGCAGAAGCAACGAGAGGAACAGGCAGAGGCUGAUGGGACUGAGGAUGCUGACAAAGUCGCAUAUCUGAUGGGCCUAAACUCAGCUGACUUGAUUAAGGGCUUGUGCCACCCGAGGGUCAAAGUAGGAAAUGAGUGGGUCACCAAGGGACAGAAUGUGCAGCAGGUGUACUACUCUAUUGGUGCUCUGGCAAAGUCAGUGUACGAGAAGAUGUUUCUCUGGAUGGUUGUGAGAAUCAACCAAUCCCUGGACACCAAACAGCCUCGUCAGUACUUCAUUGGUGUGCUGGACAUUGCUGGAUUUGAGAUCUUUGAUGUAAGAUCACAUCUACUGAUUACUGUUAUUCAAUAGCUUCAGUUUUUUGUUACUUUGCCAUUGGGAGUAUAUCUGAAUAUUAACAUAUUCCCCCUGCAGUUCAACACCUUUGAGCAGCUGUGCAUCAACUUCACUAAUGAGAAGCUGCAGCAGUUCUUCAACCACCACAUGUUUGUGCUGGAGCAAGAGGAAUACAAGAAGGAGGGCAUUGAGUGGGAGUUCAUUGACUUUGGCAUGGACUUGCAGGCUUGUAUUGAGUUAAUUGAAAAGCCCAUGGGUAUCAUGUCCAUCCUUGAAGAGGAGUGCAUGUUCCCCAAAGCCAGUGAUACAACUUUCAAAGCUAAGCUUUAUGACAACCAUUUGGGCAAAAACCCUAACUUCCAGAAGCCCAGGAUUGUCAAGGGUAAACCAGAGGCGCAUUUUGCCCUGGUUCACUACGCUGGCACUGUGGACUACAACAUUUCAAACUGGCUGGUGAAGAACAAGGACCCUCUCAAUGAGACGGUUGUAGGGUUGUUCCAGAAAUCAACUCUUAAGCUGUUGGGUAUUUUGUUUGCUAAUUAUGCAAGUGCUGACUCAGCUGCUGAAUCUGGAGGUAAGGGUGGCAAAGGAGGUGGCAAAAAGAAGGGCUCUUCUUUCCAGACAGUGUCAGCCCUCCACAGGGAGAACUUGAACAAGCUGAUGACCAACUUGAGGUCAACUCACCCUCACUUUGUGCGCUGCAUCAUCCCCAAUGAGACUAAGACUCCUGGGGCGAUGGAGAAUCCUCUGGUCAUGCACCAGCUGCGCUGUAACGGUGUGCUGGAGGGCAUCAGAAUCUGCAGAAAGGGAUUCCCCAACAGGAUCCUGUAUGGAGAUUUCAAGCAGAGGUACCGCAUCCUAAAUCCUGCAGCUAUCCCUGAGGGACAGUUCAUUGAUAACAAGAAGGGUGCAGAGAAACUUCUGGGUUCUCUAGAUAUUGAUCACAACCAGUACAAAUUAGGACACACCAAGGUGUUUUUUAAAGCUGGACUUCUAGGACAACUUGAGGAGAUGCGAGAUGACCGUCUUGCACUUAUUAUCACUGGAAUUCAGGCUAGGUCUCGUGGUUUUCUAUCAAGAAUUGAAUUCCAGAAAAUUGUGGAAAGAAGAGAUUCUUUGUUGGUGAUCCAGUGGAAUGUACGUGCCUUCAUGGGUGUCAAGAAUUGGCCCUGGAUGAAGCUGUACUUCAAGAUUAAGCCUCUGUUGAAAUCUGCCGAAACUGAGAAAGAAAUGGCCAACAUGAAGGAAGAAUUCACCAAGCUGAAGGAGGCUUUUGCAAAAUCUGAAUCCCGCAAAAAGGAACUUGAGGAAAAAAUGGUUUCUCUUCUCCAAGAGAAGAAUGACCUCCAGCUUGCAAUGCAGUCUGAGCAAGAUAAUCUUGCAGAUGCUGAGGAGAGAUGUGAGGGCCUGAUCAAGAGCAAGAUCCAGCUUGAAGCCAAAGUCAAAGAGCUGACUGAGAGGGUGGAAGAUGAAGAAGAAAUGAAUGCUGAGUUGACUGCCAAGAAACGAAAGCUGGAGGAUGAAUGUUCUGAGCUCAAGAAGGACAUUGAUGAUCUUGAGCUCACUCUGGCCAAAGUGGAGAAAGAGAAACAUGCAACUGAGAACAAGGUUAAAAACCUGACAGAAGAGAUGGCAGCUUUGGAUGAGAUCAUUGCUAAGCUGACCAAGGAGAAGAAAGCUCUGCAGGAGGCCCAUCAGCAAACGCUGGAUGAUCUCCAGAGUGAGGAAGACAAAGUCAACACACUCACCAAAGCCAAAGCCAAGCUGGAGCAACAAGUGGAUGAUCUUGAAGGUUCUCUGGAACAAGAAAAGAAAAUUCGCAUGGAUCUUGAAAGAGCUAAAAGAAAGCUUGAGGGAGACUUAAAGUUGACUCAAGAGAAUGUGAUGGAUUUGGAAAACGAUAAGCAGCAGAUGGAGGAGCGGCUAAAGAAAAAAGACUUUGAAAUAAGCCAGCUCAAUAGCAAGAUUGAAGAUGAGCAGGCAAUGGCAGCCCAACUACAGAAGAAACUGAAGGAGUUGCAGGCUCGCAUUGAAGAGCUUGAGGAGGAGCUGGAGGCUGAGAGAGCCGCUCGAGCCAAAGUUGAGAAACAGAGAGCUGAUCUGUCCAGAGAACUGGAGGAGAUCAGUGAGAGGCUGGAGGAGGCUGGUGGAGCCACUGCUGCCCAGAUUGAGAUGAACAAGAAACGUGAAGCUGAGUUCCAGAAGCUGCGUAGAGAUCUUGAAGAGUCCACUCUACAACAUGAAGCCACCGCUGCUACACUGAGGAAGAAACAUGCCGACAGUGUGGCUGAUCUGGGAGAACAGAUUGACAACCUUCAGAGAGUGAAGCAGAAGCUGGAGAAAGAGAAGAGUGAACUCAGACUGGAACUGGACGAUGUGGUCUCCAACAUGGAGCAGAUUGUAAAGGCAAAGGCAAACUUGGAGAAAAUGUGCAGAACUCUGGAAGACCAGAUGAGUGAGUACAGAACCAAAGCUGAGGAAGGCCAGCGUACCAUCAAUGAUUUCACCAUGCAAAAAGCCAAGCUGCAAACUGAGAAUGGUGAACUCUCUAGACAGCUGGAAGAAAAGGAUUCCUUGGUCUCACAGCUAACAAGAGGCAAGCAGUCCUACACCCAGCAGAUUGAAGACCUUAAGAGACAACUAGAGGAGGAAGUCAAGGCUAAGAAUGCCCUGGCCCAUGCAGUUCAAUCUGCUCGUCAUGACUCUGAUCUGCUGAGGGAGCAGUUUGAGGAGGAGCAGGAAGCUAAAGCUGAGCUGCAGCGGAGUCUGUCCAAGGCAAACUCUGAGGUGGCUCAGUGGAGAACCAAGUAUGAAACUGAUGCCAUCCAGAGGACUGAGGAGCUGGAGGAUGCCAAGAAGAAGCUGGCUCAGCGUCUGCAAGAUGCAGAAGAAGCUGUGGAAGCUGUUAAUGCCAAAUGCUCCUCACUGGAGAAGACCAAACACAGGCUGCAGAAUGAGAUUGAAGAUCUCAUGGUGGAUGUGGAGAGAUCCAAUGCUGCUGCCGCUGCUCUGGACAAGAAGCAAAGAAACUUUGACAAGGUCCUUGCUGAGUGGAAGCAGAAGUAUGAAGAAUCCCAAACUGAACUGGAAAGUUCCCAGAAAGAAGCCAGAUCUCUGAGCACUGAACUCUUUAAAUUGAAAAACUCAUACGAGGAGUCACUGGACCACCUGGAGAGCAUGAAGAGGGAGAACAAGAAUCUCCAAGAGGAAAUCGCUGACCUCACUGAGCAACUUGGUGAGAGUGGGAAGAAUAUUCAUGAGCUGGAGAAAGUUCGAAAACAACUGGAGCAGGAGAAACAAGAGAUACAAACUGCUCUGGAGGAGGCUGAGGGCUCACUUGAACAUGAAGAAGGCAAGAUACUUAGAGCUCAACUGGAGUUCAAUCAAGUAAAGGCUGAUAUUGAACGUAAGCUGGCUGAGAAAGAUGAAGAGAUGGAGCAGUCCAAGAGGAACCAGCAGAGAAUGGUUGAUACUCUGCAGAGCUCACUGGAAUCAGAGACUCGCAGCAGGAAUGAAGCUCUCAGACUGAAGAAGAAGAUGGAGGGAGACCUCAAUGAGAUGGAGAUUCAGCUCAGCCAGGCUAACAGACAGGCAUCAGAAGCCCAGAAGCAACUCAAGGGUCUUCAUGGACAUCUCAAGGAUGCCCAACUGCAGCUGGAUGACGCUCUGCGUGGUAAUGAUGAUCUCAAAGAGAACAUCGCCAUCGUGGAGAGACGCAACAAUCUGCUGCAGGCUGAACUGGAUGAGCUGAGAUCUCUGGUGGAACAGACUGAGAGAGGAAGGAAACUGGCUGAGCAGGAACUGCUGGACGUCAGUGAGAGAGUCCAGCUCCUGCAUUCUCAGAACACCAGCCUGCUGAAUCAGAAGAAGAAGCUGGAGGGAGAUAAUACUCAGCUUCAGACUGAGGUUGAGGAGGCAGUGCAGGAGUGCAGGAACGCUGAGGAAAAAGCCAAGAAGGCCAUCACUGAUGCUGCCAUGAUGGCAGAAGAGCUGAAGAAGGAGCAGGACACCAGCGCUCAUCUGGAGCGCAUGAAGAAGAACAUGGAGCAGACCAUCAAGGACCUGCAGCACCGUCUGGAUGAAGCUGAGCAGAUCGCCAUGAAGGGAGGCAAGAAGCAGGUCCAGAAACUGGAAGCCAGGGUGAGAGAGCUGGAAAAUGAGGUGGAGCUGGAACAGAGAAAGGCCAGUGACUCUGUCAAGGGGAUUCGUAAAUAUGAGAGACGCAUCAAGGAGCUCACCUACCAGACUGAGGAAGACCGUAAGAAUCUGGCUCGCUUGCAGGAUCUGGUGGACAAACUCCAGCUGAAGGUCAAGUCCUACAAGAGAGCUGCUGAGGAGGCUGAAGAACAAGCCAAUUCUAAUCUGACCAAGUUCCGUAAGAUUCAGCAUGAGCUGGAUGAAGCAGAGGAGCGGGCUGAUAUUGCCGAAUCUCAGGUCAACAAGAUGAGAGCCAAGAGCCGUGAUUCAGGACCCAAGAAAGGGGCUGAUGAGGAGUGAAAACAUUACACAGAUUGCUGUGAUGAUCUCUUCUGUAGUUCAGUAGAAUAAACCAGACAUGCAAAUGAA